AUGAUAGUUUCCAUUCCAAUCAGCUUUGUGGUUUCGUUUUUCGGCGUGUUUGCCAACGUUUUGAACCUGAUCAUUUUCCUCAACCAGAAAAACAAAGACAGCAUCUCAGUAGGUCUGGUGGCGCUGAGCUUCUCCGACCUGUGGCUGGAACUGAUUUCGUUAGGAAGUGCCGUGAUCAAGUCUAUGGAGGCGCUGGAGCUGUUCCCUACAGAACUUGUCGACCUGCCGUCUCUCAUCUACGUGGCUGUAACAGCCCCGUGUAGUUUCUUCUAUGACGUCAGUGCUGGUACGGUUGUUCUGAUAUCGCUGGAGAAAUGUGUUUGUGUUUUUAGUCCCUUCAGGGCCAAGCGGCUCAUCACACAAAAACGAAUGUUGGUCGCCAUUGGAGUGGUCUAG